UCACCUUCGCCGGCGAACUGUAGUGGAACGCUAACAUCUGAAGCAUCGCCGUCUGCUUGCCGAUACUGCCUGGAUCCCUGGUUCGCUCAGAAGCUAAAGAGACACUUGGACUCGCUCUCUUUUCCUCUACACUUGCUCCGAACUGAAAGACGUCCCGCCAUGGCCAACAAAAAGCUGGCCUCGUUCGGCAAGGUGCUCCUUCGUCGCCGCAUGCUGGACUGCAGCCAGGAGGAGACCCGCUUCGCCCGGUGCCUGUCCACGCUCGACCUCGUCGCCCUGGGCGUGGGGGCCACGCUGGGGGCGGGCGUCUACGUGCUGGCGGGCGAGGUGGCCCGGGACAAGGCGGGCCCCGCCAUCGUGCUCUGCUUCCUCAUCGCCGCCCUCUCGUCGGUCCUGGCGGGGCUCUGCUACGCCGAGUUCGGCGCCCGCGUGCCCAAGACGGGCUCCGCCUACCUCUACAGCUACGUGACGGUGGGCGAGAUCUGGGCCUUUAUCACGGGCUGGAACCUCAUCCUCUCCUACGUCAUUGGCACAGCCAGUGUGGCACGAGCCUGGAGCUCCACCUUCGAUAACCUGGUGGAGCAGAAGAUCUCCAGCUUCUUCAAGGCCUUCAUGGCGAUGAGGGACUCAGGGGACAUCCUGGCCGAGUACCCGGACCUCUUCGCCCUCAUCCUGGUCAUGCUGCUCACUGGGCUGCUGGCGUUCGGUGUGAGCGAGUCGGCGCUGGUCAACAAGAUCUUCACGGGGAUCAACCUAGUGGUGCUGGGCUUCGUCAUCAUCGCGGGCUUUGUGAAGGGGGACACCAGAAACUGGAGCCUCACCGUGGAGGACUACGUCAACAGCACCAACGUCACCUCGCCAGAGCAAAUUGAGAACAUGUUUGGCACGGGUGGGUUUGCUCCGUUCGGGUUCAGCGGCAUCCUGUCCGGCGCUGCCACCUGCUUCUACGCUUUUGUCGGCUUCGACUGCAUCGCCACCACAAGCGAGGAGGCCAAGAACCCCAUGCGCUCCAUCCCCAUCGGCAUCGUGGCCUCCCUGCUCAUCUGCUUCUUUGCCUACUUCGGCGUGUCGGCCGCCCUCACCCUCAUGAUGCCCUACUACACCCUCAACACCCAGAGCCCGCUGCCCGAGGCCUUCAGCUACGUGGGCUGGGCGCCGGCCCGCUACAUUGUGGCCGUGGGGUCGCUCUGUGCGCUCUCCACCAGUCUGCUGGGCUCCAUGUUCCCCAUGCCGCGGGUGAUCUACGCCAUGGCCGAGGACGGCCUGCUCUUCCGCUUCCUCUCCCGCAUGAACAAGAAGACCAAGACGCCCCUGCUGGCCACCAUCGUGUCCGGCAUCGUGGCGGCUCUGAUGGCCUUCCUGUUCGACCUGGCCGCCCUGGUGGACCUCAUGUCCAUCGGAACCCUGCUGGCCUACACCCUGGUGGCUGUGUGUGUGCUCAUCCUCCGGUACCAGCCGGGCAGCCUGAGCUCGGCCAACCACAGCGAGAAGCUGGAGGAGCUGGCGGGGGCGGAGAAGGCGGCCAUGACGGAGGGGGACAGCGGCGACGAGUACGGCCAGGAGCUGGAGACGCGGCCCCUGAAGGAGCGCUUCUCCCUGCGGCUGCUGCUGUCGCCCAGCUGCGACUCUCCCACCAAGACCUCUGGCACCAUCGUCUACGUCACCACGGCCGUCAUCUCCGUGCUGUUCACCCUGCUCUGUGUGGUGCUGGCGGUGUGGGGCACCGAGGUGGUGGAGGGCCAGCCCCUGUGGUUGACCCUGUGUGGGAUACUCGCCCUCCUCUCCUCCCUCUGCGUGGUCGUCAUCUGGAGACAGCCGCAGAGCAAGGAGGCGCUCACCUUCAAGGUGCCCCUGCUCCCUGUUCUGCCAUUAGUCAGCAUCUUUGUCAACGUCUACCUCAUGAUGCAGCUGGACGCGGCCACCUGGUGUCGCUUCGCCGUGUGGAUGGCCAUCGGGUUCCUCAUCUAUUUUGCCUACGGAGUGCGGCACAGUUCAGAGGCCACCAGCGGGUCAACCGAGAAGUUCGAACCCGCCCUCCGAGCAAAGAGCCCCAUCUACCUGGCGGGGGAUGACAGCGAGGCUGAGGCAAUGACCCCCUGAGGGAGGCGGGAGGGGUGGGGAACACGCCCCCAGGCCUGGCCCCACCCCUCACUUCCCACAGCAGGAACCCCCAGAGAUCAACAGGGACCAUCUGUAUCGUCCGACCACUUCUAGAAAGAUUUCUCUGUAGAACUCUGUCCACCACUACUUAAAGUCUCUUCUUUUUUUUCCCAACCUGCGGGUUGACCCCAGUAAUAUUUUAACACUGGCCUCUGAGUUGCCAAGUAUUUAGAUGGUUUUAAGAACAAGGCCUGUUCUGCUCAAUUAUCAUGUGCUUUUUGUGUAUUACCAAUGUUUUUGCGAGCUGGUAUGAAGCGUCCGUGACGGAGCCGCGAAGCGAUUCGAGCGAAUUGAAGGAUGUUUCCUUCUUGGCGCGCUGGCGGCAGUAGAAAGGGAGGGGUUGCCCGUGACGGGAACACAGUGCAAGCAAAGAACGAACAAACGGUUGUGUCGUCAGCAGCCGCCCCCCCACCCAUUCGCCGGCGGUGGCGGUGCCGUGCUACAAUUGCCUUAACAGCUGUGGCCUCUUCAGGUCGUGUGGUCCUCGGAGGAACCUCCGGGCUGCAGCGGCCACCGCUGUCGGUCGGGACCAAUAGCGUGCAAACAGGGUAUCGGUGUGCCUGCCAGACCGGUCCCUCAGCGCUAGACGUGAGGCUGCCUGAACCCCGUAGCGGGUGGAGCUCCCAGCUGACUCGCGUGAACCAAUCGCCAGACUUUCCCCUGUGUAGCAAAACACUACGAUUGGUUCGAAGCAAGCGAGUUGUUGAUGGCGCAUGACGGUUCCACUUGUUUUGGGGUACAGGAUGUCUCACUCCCCCCUUACCAGUCUGGCAGCACCCAGGAGUGGAUCCUACUACUACUGUCCCCUGCAUUUCAGUGUGCAAGG